GCCGCGCGAGGGCCGACAUGGACCUGCGCACGUUCAUUUGUCUUAGUUUGCUGGCUAAUUUACGGAUUUCCACAGGUCAAGUCUUGGGAUGCCUGGAGGGCCAAUGGCAGUGUGACGAUGGACACUGUAUUAUGGCCACGUGGCGAUGUGACGGAGAGGGAGACUGUCUGGAUGGAUCUGAUGAAAUGGACUGUGACAUGUCCCGAGGUUCUGACUGUCCUCCUGGUCAGUUUCCUUGUUUGGACUCGGUCGGGUGUUUUGACGUGUCUGCACGCUGCGAUGGGAAAUACCAGUGUCCCACUGGUUCUGAUGAGGAGAACUGUCCGGUCGUAGAGGGUUGUCUGGACUCUGAAUGGAUGUGUCACAACCGCAUUUGUGUGCCCAAAGAAGUGCGCUGCAACAAACAAAAUGACUGUGGUGAUAACUCUGAUGAAGAGGACUGUGGUAUGUGUGAUGCAGGUGGUGUCCGGUGUCCUGAUGGGACGUGUCUAUCGCCUGCAGAAAGGUGUGACGGGGAGAUUCAUUGUUCUGAUGGCAGUGAUGAGCCAAUAACCUGUGGUCGCAUCUGUUCCAUGAACAAUGGUGGUUGUGAUCAUGUGUGUAUUGAGGAACACUGGGGGACACUCUGUACCUGUCCUGUUGGAUAUAAACUCUCUCCUAAUGGUGRUGUCUGUGAAGACUUUGAUGAAUGUUCUUCAUCUUUUCCACCGUGUUCACAUCACUGCACAAACACCAUCGGAUCGUAUUAUUGCAGCUGCAAGGAGGGUUUCAAACUGGAUGAAAAGUCUAAAUGUCUGGCUUCAGGCAAUGCAACCCGGUUGCUGACGGUGCAGAAGGACUCAUUGGGCCUGCUGAAUAUCAAAUCUCAGCUCUUUGAGAUGAAGACUUCAGUCAUCGACCCGGUGGCCUUUACAUUUGACAUUACCAGAGGAUGGUUCUACUGGGCUGACAGUCGAGGCAGCAUUCAUAAAAGUAAUGAAGACAACAGCUGGAUAACCUUUUCAGGAGAUCCUGGAAUCAAAGGGCUAGCGUGUGAUUGGCUAAAUGGAUACCUGUUUUGGACCAAUCAGAAGACUGAAUCAAUCUACAUGCAGUCAGCUGAUGGGACUGKUUACACAACUGUGUUGCAUAAAAAUGUCCGACCUUCAGAACUGGUGCUCCUGCCAACUGAGAGCUUGAUGUUCUGGAUGAAUGAGGGUCCAGGUGACAGAGCGACACUGGAGAAGUCCUGGAUGGAUGGGUCUGACAGAAGCACCCUGACCGUCAUCACAGCCCAGUUUGCUCACAGUCUCGCACUUGAUGUCGCCGCCAGGAGGCUUUACUGGAUCAACAAAUCAAAAAGGUCUGUAGAGUCGGUGAAAGUGGACGGGACUGGCCGGCACACCUUCACAGGACUCUUCAAACGUAGACCUGCUCUGAGCCUCGCUGUCUUUGAAAGUAUGUUCUACUGGGUCGACGACAAAGGACUGUGGCAAGUUCCACAAACCCACUUGGGUCGAAAGAAGUUUCUUGUGAAAACGGAGCUGCCACUAUUAGCAGUUUACCAUGAACUCCAACAACCUAAAGGUUCUUCUGUUUGUGCGAGUAUGUCCUGCCUCCUCUGCCUGCUGACUAAAAGCAACCCUGCUGGAUUCACCUGUGUUUGUCCGUAUUACAAAGUGCUGCUUCCUGAUGGAACGUGUGAAUAUCCAAGAUUCUUAUAUGCAACCAUAACAAAGAUCAACUUACUGGAGUUUCAAGGCAGUGACUCGACUGAAACACAGCUGUUUACCUCAGACGAGGGAAUCCUGUCCUUUGAUGUGGACUGGUACAGAGACGGACUGUACUGGACCAACCGAACUGGCCACCUCCAGCGCACCAGUCUGACCCAAAACAAGGUGGAGCUUAUUCCAACACCUUUACCAGUUUGUUUGAUAAAUGUAGACCAGAGGACAGCAAACCUUUUUUGGGUGUCAUGUGACCAAAAAAUCAUUGGCACCACCACGAUUGGCAGCAACAACCCACAGCAGCUGUACCGCACCACGAAGGAGAUCAGCAGUUUCUAUCUGGACUGGCUGAGGGGUGGGAUGUUCUGGCUGGAGGAGGAGAGAAUCUUCGGCAUGGACCUGAUGGAGGGUAAAGCUAAGGAGCUGCUGCAACUGGCAGGAGGUGUCAGUGGGAACAUCGCUUUUGACCUCAGGGCCAGCAGUCUUCUCUGGAACUCUAAAAGGGCAGGCCUGACUGCUCUGAGUUUACUGAAGGAGAGAAGCCACCAAGCAGGAAGGAGGUGGAAUAUUUCAGGCUCAGUCGUAGCUGCCUUUGAACCCUUCUUGUUGUGUGUUUCUGAUGAUGUGAUCACUCUGUGGGAUCGCCGCGACGGGAGCAAAAUUCAAUCCGUGACACUGAAAGAUCGUGUGCUGGGUGUGAUCGCUGCACUCGGGAACAUUCAAAUGGUGCCUCAUACUCCAGCCUGUAAUGCACCAUCAAUGUUGUGUCGACAUUCCUCAAUCUGCCUCCCACAAAAUCAGCUCUGUGAUGGGAACAGGGACUGCCCAGAAGGAGAGGACGAAGAGUUCUGUGUUGCCACAUGUUCAACUGAAGAGUUUAAGUGCAAGGACCGAAGGAGCUGCAUUCCCAGAAGCCUCGUCUGCGACGGCCGCUCUCACUGUCACGAUGCUUCUGAUGAAGUCGGCUGUCCAACAGAAGCAGCUCCUGUAACUAAAGAGAACGUCCUGAAGUGCCGCAGCGGCUCAGUGAUGUGUGAAGAUGGCACAGAGUGUGUGUUAUACAGCCAUGUGUGUGACGGAGAGAUGGACUGUAAAGAUGGAUCUGAUGAAGUGGGAUGUGACAAAUUUCGAGAAAUGAGUUCUACAAAUGUUGAUGGAUCAUCUGAUGAAGAAGCUGUAAGAGGCUGCCACAGUCCCUCUGUCCUCUGCCCUUCUGCACAUGUUUGCAUUUCUCAGAGUCAGUUUUGUAACGGCAUAAAGGACUGUCCUGAUGGCUUUGAUGAGAGGAGCUGUGUGAAAAGUUGUCCCUCUCAAACUGAUUUUCACUGUAAAGACCGUCGGAACUGUGUCCCAAAGAGUUUUGUUUGUGACGGUAUCUCUCAUUGCCACGAUGGCUCAGAUGAAGUGGACUGUCCGACUGCUCCUCAAAGAAACAUGAAAUGUCGAUUUGGCUCCAGGCUGUGUCGAGACGGGACAGCAUGCGUCCAGUUGAGCCAUGUCUGUGAUGGAGAGAAGGACUGUCAGGAUGGAUCGGAUGAACAAGGAUGUGGGGAUAGUGAACCUGCAGAGAUGACAACCGUCCCUUCCACCAGCCCACCAUGCACCAGCCCCUCAGUUCUCUGUACUGGCUCUUCUGUUUGCAUCAAGCCAACGCAAAUGUGUGAUGGAAGGAAAGACUGUCCUGAUGGUUCUGAUGAGAAAUGUGUCAAAAAAUGUGUCUCUAAAACUGACUUCCGCUGCAAAGACCGUCUGCGCUGCAUCCCAAAGAGCCAAGUUUGCGAUGGCCGCUCUCACUGCAACGAUGGCUCAGAUGAAGUGAACUGUCAGAGUGUGGCACCGUCUCAGGAAAUUCCAUCUAAAGUCAUGAAAUGUCGUUUUGGCUCCAGGCCAUGUCAGGACGGGACGGCAUGUGUCCCACUGAGUCACAUCUGCGACGGCGAGAGAGAUUGUCAGGACGGGUCAGAUGAAAAAGGAUGCGAAAGUGGGACCACCAUUACUGUUCAAAAUGAAUACAAAAAUGGCUCUCCUGCCGAAGCAGUAACUCAGCCUCCCACCACUCCACCAUGCACCAGCCCCUCAGUUCUCUGUCCUGGAUCCUCUGUUUGCAUCAAACCAUCACAGAUGUGUGACAAAAGGAGAGACUGCCCUGAUGGGUUUGAUGAGAAAUGUGUCAAAAGAUGUCCAUCUCGGACUGACUUCCGCUGCAAAGACCGUCGAAGCUGCGUCCCAAAAAGCCAAGUUUGUGACGGCCGCUCUCACUGCAAUGAUGGCUCGGAUGAAUUUAACUGUCAGAGCGCAGCACCUCCUAAUACUCCAACCAAUGUCCUGAAAUGUCGUUUUGGCUCAAAACCAUGUCGAGAUGGAACAGGAUGUGUCCUGUUGAAUCAUGUUUGUGAUGGAGAGAGAGACUGCCAAGAUGGAUCAGAUGAAGAAGGCUGUGAUAAUGCAGGGAAUAUUCCUGAUACUUCUGACCAAAUAAAGGAUAUGACUGAAUCUCCUGUACCAACUGAGGAAUCAACUCCACCUCCCACCAGCCCACCAUGCACCAGCCCCUCAGUUCUCUGUCCUAGUUCCUCUAUUUGCAUCAGGCCAUCACAGAUGUGUGAUGGAAGGAGCGACUGUCCUGAUGGGUUUGAUGAGAAAUGUGUCAAAAGAUGUCCAUCUAGGAGUGACUUCCGCUGCAAAGAUCGUCGAAGCUGCGUCCCAAAAAGUCAAGUUUGUGACGGCCGCUCUCAAUGUAACGAUGGCUCAGAUGAAAUGAACUGUCAGAGCGCAGCACCUCCUGAAAGUCCAACUAAAGUCCUGAAGUGUCGCUUUGGCUCCAAACUGUGUCGAGAUGGAACGGCAUGUGUUGUAUUGAGUCAUAUUUGUGAUGGAGAGAGGGACUGUCAGGAUGGAUCUGAUGAAGAAGGAUGUGAUGAUGCUGAAAAUGCUCCGGCCAUUUCUGUGCAAAAAAAGGACUUGACUGAAUCUUCUGCUCCCAUAGAGGAAUCAACUCAAACUCCCACCACUCCACCAUGCACCAGCCCCUCAGUUCUCUGUCCUGGUUCCUCUGUUUGUAUCAAGCAAUCACAGAUGUGUGAUAAAAGGAGAGACUGUCCUGAUGGGUUUGAUGAGAAAUGUGUGAAAAGAUGUCCAUCUCCGAGUGACUUCCGCUGCAAAGAUCGUCGAAGCUGCGUCCCAAAAAGUCAAGUCACCUCCUGAAAGUCCAACUAAAGUCCUGAAGUGUCGCUUUGGCUCCCAACUGUGUCGAGAUGGAACGGCAUGUGUUGUAUCAAGUCAUUUUUGUGAUGGAGAGAUGGACUGUCAGGAUGGAUCUGAUGAAGAAGACUGUGAUGAUGCUGAGAGUGAUCCUGGCAUUUCUGUAGAGUACGAGUACAGAAAUGAAUCUCCUGCUCCCACUGAAUAUGUACCUCCACCUCCCACCACUCCACCAUGCACCAGUCCUUCAAUUCUCUGUCCUGGUUCCUCUAUAUGUAUCAAACCAUCACAGAUGUGUGAUAAAAGGAGAGACUGUCCUGAUGGGUUUGAUGAGAAAUGUGUCAAAAGAUGUCCAUCUCGGUCUGACUUCCGCUGCAAAGACCGUCGAAGCUGUCUUCCAGUGAGUCUAGUUUGUGAUGGUCGCUCUCAAUGUAACGAUGGCUCAGAUGAAAUGAACUGUCAGAGUGCAGCACCUCCUGAAAGUCCAACUAAAGUCCUGAAGUGUCGCUUUGGCUCCAAACUGUGUCGAGAUGGAACGGCAUGUGUUUUAUCGAGUCAUAUUUGUGAUGGAGAGAGGGACUGUCAGGAUGGAUCUGAUGAAGAAGACUGUGACAUUGCUGCAAAUAAUCCUGUGGAGAAGGACUUCCUAAAUGAAUCACCGAAAUCAUUGAAACGAUUCGCUGAGCCUCCCACCACUCCUCCAUGCACCAGCCCCUCAGUUCUCUGUCCUGGUUCCUCUAUUUGRAUCAYYCCAUCACAGAUGUGUGAUAAAAGGAGAGACUGUCCUGAUGGGUUUGAUGAGAAAUGUGUGAGAAAGUGUCCCUCUAGGAGUGACUUUCGCUGUAAAGACCGUCGGAGCUGUGUCCCCAGAAGCCAAGUUUGUGACGGCCGCUCUCAAUGCAAUGAUGGUUCAGAUGAAUUUCAGUGCGCUAGGGCAGAAACUCCUCCUGAAAAUCCAGCUCAAGGCCUGAAAUGUCGCUUUGGCUCCAAACCGUGUAGAGAUGGGACUGUGUGUGUCCUCUUGAAGCACAUUUGUGAUGGGGAGAGGGACUGUACAGAUGGAUCAGAUGAAGAAGGAUGUGAUGAUGCUGAGAGUGAUCCUGGCAUUUCUGUAGAGUACGAGUACAGAAAUGAAUCUCCUGCUCCCACUGAAUAUGUACCUCCACCUCCCACCACUCCACCAUGCACCAGUCCUUCAAUUCUCUGUCCUGGUUCCUCUAUWUGUAUCAAACCAUCACAGAUGUGUGAUAAAAGGAGAGACUGUCCUGAUGGGUUUGAUGAGAAAUGUGUSAAAAGAUGUCCAUCUCGGUCUGACUUUCGCUGCAAGGACCGCCGGAGCUGCGUCCCUCGAAACCUAGUUUGUGAUGGCCGCUCUCACUGCAAUGAUGGCUCCGAUGAGGCAGACUGUCCAGGUGUAGCUCUACCUGCAGCUCCAACUAACAUCCUGAAAUGUCGAAUGGGCUCCGCUCUCUGCCGCGACGGGACAGAAUGUGUUCUGUUCAGUCACAUCUGUGAUGGAGAGAGAGACUGUCGGGAUGGAUCAGAUGAAGAAGAAUGUGAUUCUACAGCAACUUCCAGUGAAUCUCCUUCACUUAGCCAGCCGUCCUGCAGCUUCCCUUCAGUUCAGUGUCCGGACUCAUCAGUGUGCAUCAACCCGUCACAGGUGUGUGAUGGAAUACAAGACUGCCCUGGUGGAUCUGAUGAGAACUGUGUGAAAAAGUGUGCUGACAGGACUGAUUUUCUCUGCAAGGACCGUCGGAGCUGCGUGUCCAGGAGUCUGGUCUGUGAUGGUCGUGCUCACUGCUACGACGGCUCAGACGAAGCAAACUGUCGGAGCGUUUCUGCUUCUCCAGCUCCGCGUAAAGUCUUGAAGUGCCGCAUGGGCUCGAGGCCAUGUAAUGAUGGCAAAGAGUGCGUCUUAUUCAGCCACAUAUGUGAUGGAGAGAUCGACUGUUUGGAUGAAUCAGAUGAACAGGGAUGCCAAGAAACCUGCAAUGAAGGAGAGUUUCAGUGCGCCCAUGGAAAAAUGUGCAUCCCUGAGACUGAGGUGUGCGACGGGAAGUCUCAGUGUCGGGAUCAAUCUGAUGAAAAGGACUGCUGGGAACAAACCAAGAGCUGUGAGCAUCGUUGUGCUGAUGGUCAACGCUGCAUCCCAAAGAAAUUCAUCUGUGAUGGAGAACAAGACUGCCUGGAUGGUUCAGAUGAAAUGGACUGUGACUUCAGUCUUUCUACAACAGUGUUUCCCCUCAUCACCUCCCCACCAGCUUGCGUCACUCCUUCAGUUCUGUGCCCAACUUCAUCAAAGUGUGUGUCUCAAAAUCAACUUUGUGAUGGACAAAUGGACUGUCCUGAUGGCUUUGAUGAGAAGAAUUGUGUGGUUCGAUGUGAAAACCCAAAUGACUUCCUGUGCAGUGACCAGAGGAAGUGCAUCACAAGACAACACGUGUGUGACGGCCGUGCUCACUGUCCGGAUGGUUCAGAUGAGAAGCAGUGUCAGUCAGUCACUUCCAUUAAUGCACCCAAUUCGAGAUCCAGCCCUUUGAAGUGCCGCACAGGUUUCAGGCUGUGUAAAGAUGGCCUGGAGUGUGUGAUGUACAGCCAUGUGUGUGAUGGAGAGCCAGACUGCCAGGAUGGAUCUGAUGAGGAGGGAUGUGAGAGUCACUGCAAACCAGGUGAGUUCCAGUGUUCUCACAGGAAGAAAUGCGUCCCACAAGAGCAGGUCUGUGACGGGCGGAACGACUGUCAGGAUGGAUCUGAUGAAAAAGACUGUUCAGUACAAAGUGAGGACUGCCAUCUCUGUGACAACAACUCACGCUGUGUACCGCCGACCUUCCUCUGUGACGGAGAAAAAGACUGUGCUGAUGGAUCAGAUGAAGGAAACUGUGGUUCAGUUGCCUGUGCAAGUAAUCAGUUCCGCUGUGCAAGUGGACAAUGUGUGUCUGAAGCUUUUAAAUGCGACGGAUAUCCUGACUGCAGGGAUCAUUCUGAUGAGAUGUACUGUCCACGACCGCCACGCUGCCCUAAAGAGCUCCGAUGCCCAAACAGCCACGAAUGUUUGCAGAAAGAGUGGCUCUGUGAUGGAGAAGAGGACUGCAAAGAUGGCUCAGAUGAGAAGAACUGUAACAGUCCACCAGCAAAGUGCAGGAAGUUCCAGUAUCAGUGUGGAGAUGGUGGUCAGUGUGUUCCUCUGUCCUGGAGAUGUGAUGGGAUGAAAGACUGCUCCAAUGGCAUGGAUGAGGACAAAUGUAGCUUGAGAAAAUGCCCCUUCCACCUUUACCAGUGUGGCAGCAAAGAGUGUUUGGAGCCUAAGCUGGUGUGUAACGGAUUCACAAACUGUGCUGAUGGCUCAGAUGAAGGAGUGGGAUGUUCUCAACGUAACUGCUCCAGUGCUUCAGCUCCACUUUGUGACCACAGCUGCAUCAGCACCCCAAAUGGACCCAGGUGCUUCUGUGGUGCAGGUUUCAAGCUACAGUCCAGCUCAAAGUCUUGUGUGGAUGUUGAUGAGUGCAGUUCAACACCAGGAGCUUCGUGCAAACAGAUCUGUCAGAACACAGUUGGGUCCUUCAACUGUCGGUGCCACCCUGGCUUCUUCCUCGAGCCUGAUAACAAAAGCUGCAAAUCAAAAGAUGAGCCUUUGCUUCUGGCAUCAGUCCAGUCUGAGCUCCUGAUCCUGGGGCUCCACAGUGGAAGCCUGCAGCUUCUCUCCUCUGCCAAUCAGCCCGUCUUCUCUCUGGAUUAUGACCUGGUUCAGCAGAGAGUUUACUGGCUGAGCCCGGACUACCAGAGCGUCCGCUGGGCUGACAUGAAAACCUCCAACAAAGGGACGCUGAUUAAAGGUGUGAAGUCUGAUUCCAUUGCAGUGGACUGGGUUGGUAAGAAUCUGUACUGGGUGGAAGGACUGGUUGGUCAGAUUCUGGCAGUGAAGCUGAGCAACACCACGAUGAGAUCUCAGGACUUCACUGUGGUUCUUGGUGAAAACCUGGAGCAGCCAAGCUCACUCAUCCUGCUGCCAGAUAAAGGGUUGAUGCUGUGGUCUGAGAUCGGCAGCAUCCCACAGAUCGAGCGAUCAGGGAUGGAUGGUUCACAGAGGAAGGUGGUGGUUAGCAGGGACCUGAGCUGGCCCGUCAGUCUGGCCUACGACUUCAUGGAUGAUAAGGUGUACUGGGUUGAUGAGAAGCUGCYCUGCAUUGGCUCUGCCUCUCUGGAUGGAGACAACAUCAAGAUCCUCCAGUUGGCUGAGACGCCAAGCCCGUUUUCAGUGGCAGUUUUUAGUGAUCGUGUUUUCUGGUCCGACACGAAGAGAAGAACCGUCCGCUCGGCCGACAAGAGAACUGGCAAAGAUCAGAAAGUUCUUCUGAAGAAACCCGGGCAACCAUUUGGACUGAAAGUGAUGCACGCCCUCUCCCAGCCGGCGGCAUCGAACCCCUGUGAGCUGAGGCGCUGCUCCCAUCUCUGCCUGCUGGCUCCAGGAGAUGCCGCGGUUUGUCGAUGCCCAAAGGGUCUGCUCCUUUCUCAGGAUAAGAUCACCUGCUCUCUGCCUGAAGAGUCYUCUUUCAUCUUGCUUCUGUCUCGUGCCACAAUCUACCAGGUGUACUUGCGCUCAAUGAGUCGUGAUGGAAUUGCGCUGAAAAAAAUACCUAACGGCCGAGACUUUGCCCUUCCUGGAAUCGAAGAAGCUUUAGGUUUAGACUUUUCAUUUUCACAACUACUUCUGUAUGUGGCUAAUGCAAAACCUGGAUCUGUGGAUGUGCUGAGCCUCAGCAACUCCAGGUCAAGUCCAAAACUGGUACUUUCAGGACAAGUUGUGAAGCUGCAGGAGGAGGAUUCAGUCUCAGCUUUAGCAGUUGAUUGGGUAACCUCCAACCUGUACUGGAGCAGUAAAGCAAGACCUGACAUCCAUGUGACAUCACGCUKUGAAGGCUACACUACCUCACUGCUGCAGGGAUCUAUGGUGGGCAUUUCGUCCAUAGCCCUGCAUCCUUCCUCAGGUCGACUUUGCUACACCGCAGUAGUGAUCACAGGUYUAAAGGAUCAGACGGAGGUCGAUUGUGCCUGGAUGGAUGGACGAAAUAAAGUAGUGUUGUGGAGGAAGUCGAGCAUUCCUGUCUCUCUGGUCUUCUCCAAUAAUGGAACCAGGAUCUACUGGGCUGAUGCUGGUGAAGGAAUAAUAGGCUCUAUUGGAGUGGAUGGUUCAGGCUAUGAAGAGUAUAAAAUUGGUCCCAAUCUACUCCUGUCCUUCACACUCAUUGAGAACYUCUUCUUCUGGGUCACUUUGGAGAGAGAUGUAAACAAGCUGUGGUUCAGUGAUGGACUUCAGCCAAAACAGUUGUGGUUUCAAACAAAAACCAGUGUGGUGGAAAUAAGAUCCUACAACAACGACAGCCAGUCAGGACACAACAGCUGCUCAAAUAAGAAUGGCAGAUGUGCCCACCUGUGCCUGCCCUUUCCUGGAGGUCAUACCUGUAAAUGUGGGAGGGGCUUUUACAUCAACAAUGGCACUUCRUGUAAUCCGCUUCCCGCCUGCCCAACUGGUGAAGAGUCCUGCUUUGAUGGCAGCGAGUGCGUCAGCAGCAACAAGUUCUGUGACGGCCGUGUGGACUGUCCAGACAAGUCAGAUGAGCAGGACUGUCCAAACUUUGCUUCAACCUCAACCAAACUAAGCAAUGACCACUCCCUGCAGUCUUCAUCCUUCCAUCCAGAGACUCAGAACUCUAUUCCUUUUGAUGACAACUCUGCUUCCUGUGGUCUCGAACGCUGCAACGGCCACGGCAGCUGCAUCGCUGAAGGCAAAGCCACUGGUUGUCAGUGUCUGCCUGGUUACAAAGGAGAGUUCUGCCAGGAGCAGAGCAGAAAGAGCCACCCUGCUGUCYUCAUAGUGGCUUUCUGUCUCAUCGCUGCACUGAUGUUGGCUGUUCUUGUUUUCUCUAGGAGGAAAGGAUGGGAGUAUUUCACCAGGUCUACAGAUAAAGAGACUCUAAUGGAUCACAUGGUUCUGCCUGAACAAGAAUCAGACACAGAGGAGRUGGAGUCUCCAGCAGAUGUGAAGAAACCCCUGCAAGAUGAAAAAUAAAAUUGAUCAAACACU